AUGUCGACCACAGCUCAAAGGAUCAAGGACAUCGAAGAUGAGAUGAGCAAGACCCAAAAAAACAAAGCUACGUCUAAGCAUUUGGGUGGCCUCAAAGCCAAACUUGCAAAACUAAAGCGCGAACUUAUCACACCGUCCGGUAGCGGCGGUGGUGGCGGUGGUGUCGGUUUCGAUGUCUCUCGUACUGGUAUUGGUACCGUCGGUUUCAUUGGAUUUCCCUCCGUUGGUAAAAGUACUUUGAUGAACCAGUUGACUGGUACUCGUAGUGAGGCUGCAGAAUAUGAGUUUACUACGCUGACAACCGUCCCUGGUGUUAUGCAAUACAACGGUGCUAAAAUUCAAAUUCUUGACUUGCCUGGUAUUAUUGAGGGUGCCAAGGAUGGCCGUGGUCGUGGUAAGCAAGUUAUUACAGUUGCUCGUACAUGCAACCUUAUCUUUAUCGUUUUGGAUGUUUUGAAGCCUAUGUCUCAUAAACGUGUUAUUGAGGAAGAAUUAGAAGGGUUUGGCAUUCGCUUAAACAAGGAUCCCCCGAACAUUGUCUUUAAAAAGAAGGAACGUGGUGGUGUCAACAUUACCAACACCGUACCUCUUAACCACAUUGACUUGGACGAAAUCCGUGCUGUGUGCAGUGAAUAUCGUGUCAACUCUGCUGACAUUGCCUUCCGCUGCGAUGCUACAAUUGAUGACUUGAUUGACGUUUUAGAAGGAAAUCGUGUUUAUAUUCCAGCUCUUUACAUCCUUAACAAGAUCGAUGAAAUCUCUUUGGAAGAAUUAGACUUGAUUGAUCGUAUCCCCAAUGCUGUUCCUAUUUGCGGUCAUAAGGGUUGGAACAUUAACGAACUUAAGACUACAAUGUGGGAUUACUUAAGCUUGGUUCGUAUUUACACCCGUCCAAGGGGUCUUAAUCCUGACUACUCUGAGCCUGUCAUUCUUCGCUCCGGUCACUCUAGUGUCGAAGAUUUCUGUAAUAACAUUCACUCCAGUAUCAAAAGUCAAUUCAAGCAUGCCUACGUCUGGGGUAAGAGCGUUCCUUAUCCCGGUAUGCGUGUUGGUCUUGCCCAUGUUUUGUUGGACGAAGAUGUUGUUACAAUUGUCAAAAAGUAA